CCCCUCCCCUCUCCCACCAUACACCAACUCCAUCUUCCCGCAUCCCGCUCACCCAACACCAUUCGUUCAUCCGACCUAAACCACCCCCAUAUAUAAUAACAUCCAAACACACACAAACAAACAAACCCAAAGCAAGAUGUCCGCCUCCUCCCUCGUAGCCCUCGACUCCCUCGAAGCCACCAUCCUCAUCGACAACGACCUGGAUCCCAUGUCCCCCAUCCCGCCAGACACAGUAGAAGUGACCGGUCUAAUGCGCACGCUAGCAACAUCCUCUCCGCACGAAAUCCACGACCGGGGUGAUGCGCAUAAGGAGCUUCAAAUGGAGGAUAUAUGCUGCUCUGCGCAUGGGUUGUCAAUUCUUGUGACCGCAACAAAAGACAACAAACAGCACACGGUCCUCUUCGACGCCGGACCUGAAGGCGACGCCUGGGAGAGGAAUGUUAAGCGCCUACGGCCGGAUUUGGCGGACGUGGAGGUCGUGCAGUUGUCGCAUUGGCAUCGGGAUCAUUCUGGUGGUCUUCAACGAGCCAUUGAGAUGAUUACAGAUGCUAAGAAGAAGAAAGCCGGUGGGAAUUCCGCUGUAACGGUAGUUGAUCUUCACCCUGAUCGACCGGAUUACAGAGGCAUGGCUAUUGGACAUAAUAUCAUCUCGCUGCAGGCUGAUCCCACCUUCGAGGAAUUAGAAGCUGCCGGAGGCACGGUGCAGAAACAUGCAGAUGCGCAUACCGUUCUCGAUGACUUCUUCUUCAUCUCGGGGGAGAUUCCUCGACGGACGGGGUAUGAGCAUGGGUUGAAGGGGGGGAUGAGGUUCGAUGCCGAAGAGAAGGAUUGGUUCUCGGAUGAGGGGAUUGCCGAUGAGAGGUUUUUGAUGUGUAGGCUUAAGGAUAAGGGCAUAGUUAUGUUCACGGCGUGCAGUCAUGCCGGGGUGGUUAAUUGCGCACAGCAUGCGGUGGAUUCGCUAGAUGGUGAGGUCCCUCUACAUGCUAUUGUGGGGGGGUUUCAUCUUGCUACUAGUGAGACGUCGCAGUUGGAGAGUACCGUUAGGGAUCUGAAGAGGUUGGAUCCUGCGGUUAUCCUUCCGGGGCAUUGCUCGGGGUGGAGGGCUAAGUUUGCCAUUGAGAGGAGUAUGCCGGGGGCGAUGGUGCCUUGUUCGGUGGGGAUGAGGAUUAAGUUUUAGGCAACUUACAGGUUAGUUUAUGGUCAUGAUGGAUGUUGUUCUUGGGAAGAUGCUAGUCUAGCCUAGGUCUAUCCAAGACAUCUCCAACAGCAAUGCUCAAUCGAACAGACAUGCCAUGGUGAGGACUUAUGUUGACUACAAGAAUAUCUGGGAGUCAUUGUAUGCUCAUUGUC